AUGGUCUCCUCUGCUGCUGUCCUGACGGCUCAGCAAAUGUUGCUGACAGCUUGGUUCGUUGUUGGCAUGAUGCCGUUGAUCCUCCAAAUACGAAGCUUUCUCAAGUUCGUGACGCCACACAAGAUUACAGAAACUCUCGUAGUUCCGCCAGGGGCUGAACAAGAGACGGCGAAUAUGUCGGAACUGUGUCCUGCGCUAGGUCUACAAAUGGCCCACGUGUGGUGGAACGUCGAGACAACGAACUACUACACAUUGGAGCAUGGUCGACUGUGCCACUUCGUUUCGCCACAGUACAAUUGCCACGGGAACUACGUCGUCGGAACUGACCGAGUGCAAGCUUAUCACACUACACCAUCUAGCUGUGCGAACGACAGCUACCUGGUUGAGAUGUUUUUCUACCACGGCAGCAUCGGGUUCUACUCGUAUUACGAAGAGGUCACGGGCACGUAUUGCACUAUAGACCACACGAUGUACGGGCUGAUCGAUGGGCUGGGGACGUUUGACAUGAACGGGUGGCUGCUUGCUCAGGACGGUGGCAGCUACGACUAUCGCAUUUCGUUCUGGUAUGGUACCGUCGGCGCGAUAUGGGUUAUUUAUCGCGCUCUGGUGUUACGGCGGUGCUAUAUCGCAUGCAAGCGGUAUGGGCGACGAUGCGACCAGAUGCAAGAAACACUGCCCCGAAGGACGGCGAUGGUGUUCGUCCACGAGAACAUGCGAUUGUCUGCGCACGGAGCAUCAAACUACCAUCGACUUGCGCUCUUGUAUCUUCUAGUUGAAGGCGUCAUGAGUGAUUUGUUCCUGCUCGUCGCAACUGAUGGAAUAUUCGCCUGGUUCCAGUACAUCUCGUUCGGCUACAACUUGUCCGGGUUACUGCUGAUCCUGUUCGAGUUGGUGGAGAACUUAAAGUGGCUGGGCGAGACCUCUCGACUCUUUAUCAAGCGCCUGCUCUUCAGCUACGAGUCGUCGUUGCUAGGAGAGCUUCUGAGUGCGAUCGGUCAGUCGUAUUUCCUGACGUCCUUGAGCCGUUCAGAUUUAAAGGAGUCAGGGCUAGCGGCUCGAGCAGUGUCGUACUACGUGUGGGGAUUGGUGGGCCAUAGCAUCAUUGUCGUCGUUCUUAUCGGCUUCAUCAUGGCAGUCCGGAUAGUACGAGCCGUCGCAUGCGUACGAUGGAAGUUUGGCCGUGUUUGGGCCAUUUUGACGGCUCCAUGCAGCGUCGACACGACUUUCGCCACGCGCAACAAGAUGAUGCUGCUGUCUGGGUACUGCUGGGACGGCGGCAGGUUGUACUACAAACCCGAGGCGCUCAAAGCCUUUGGAUUGUUGAGGAUGGAGGAAGAGGAUGGCUCCGAGUUCAUCGUCCUGCGCAAGCUGCACUGGUUCCAAGUUCCGACUGUAGACCUGAUCGUGAUCGGAAGUGUGUCCGAUGAACACGUAGAGCCUUGUGCCGAACGACCGUGUACUGGUGUGGUGAGCUUGUUCGGCCGCAGCUUAGGUGGCCCUCUUGACCGAAGCAAGGUUUGGUCGCUUCGUGGGAGAAACAAGGUGUCAAGUUCGCCGUCGCUGAGAAGUAUCCAAGUCGUGGCAUGCACUGAGUAG